AUGGUAAAACUCUUAGCCAACAAACAAGGGAGUGAUGAUGAUGAUGAUGAUGAUGAUUAUUACAGUGACGAUGAUGAUGGUGAUUAUACUGAUGACGAAGAUGGCGAAGAAGAAUUAUAUAAUAGUGGCGAUAGAACUGAAAAGGAAGAGUUUGAGAAACGAAUGGAGAUGUACAUGAAGGAAAUGUUGGAAGAGGAAGGUAUUGAUGAGGAAAGUGACGAAAGUGAGGAGGAAACUAAAAUUGUGAAGAAAGUGGUUGAGCCAAAGAAGAAGAAGCAGAAAAUGGAAAGUGGUCAAUCAGCAAGUAGCUCUUCUGGUCAAUCAGGAGUUUAUUUUAAUGUUAAAUUUGAUUUGCCAAGAAACAAAUUUAAUAGAGUAAUGUGUUUGUCAGUUCAGAAUGCUAAUCUGCGACAUUUACACAAUUUGCUCAUGUAUGCUUUUGAUUGGGAUGAUGGUCACUUGCACAUGUUUCACACCUGUAAAGGCGAAUUCACAGAUAGAAGUAUGUGUCAGGAAGGAAAAGAAGAAUCGAAAUGCAGAUUGGACUCGGUUUUGAAUAGAAGUGUUGACAGUAUUGAUUAUGUCUAUGAUUUUUCCAGUGAAUGGAAUAUUUCAAUUUCUUUGGAAAAGAUUUUAACAGAACAAGCCAUGAAAGCUCAAGCUGAAAAGUUGAAUAUUGAGUUGCCAAAUGAUUUAACAAAGGUUGUGUACUGUUGUGGUGGAUUGGGUGGAUCAAUUGAUGAAGAAUCUGGAAAGAAGAAGGGAACCUUUGAUAUCAAUAAGGAAAACAAGAGGAAAUUUAACAUUUGGAAUUAAAUGAUUAUUCCAAUGUUCUAUUGGAAUGAUAUUUAAAAUUUUUGCAAAUUGAAGUUCUUUCAUUAAGAUUAAGGAUUAUUUUAUCAAUCUGCAUUGUUCAACUUUAUUCAAUAUUGAAUUUGAAUAAUCAUAUAAUGUGACUUGGAACUACAAAGAUUUUAUCACAAGUCCUACUGCCAUUUCGUCUGCAAUUCAAUCAUUGGAAGCUCUUGGAUCUUCUUCACCAGAUUCUGCCUUGAGAGUUUUCCAAUCUUUGGAAUCCACAUACAAAUGCGGCAAAGACAGUUGACCGAAAUUGGCGCAAAGAUUAUCAAAGCAUACUUUAGUAAAUUGU